GACGGCUGGACCGGGGGAUUGAACCGGCAACCCUCUGGUUACAGGACAACUCCUCUAACCAGUCUGCUACAGACCCCCAUGACCUGUGGUGUGGGUCAUGUUCAUGCUGCGUGUCUACAGCUUCUUCAGAGACGAGAGGACGACUGUGUGGUUUCCUGUCAGUAGGUGGGAGGAUGUAGAGACGGUUGCAGCAGCGUUGUCUCAGAGCUGCAGCUCUUCAGCAGCCGGCGCCGCUCUGAGGCGUCACACCUCCACCUCCUGAUUGGUGGGAGGCGUCUGCGCCACGCUGCGCCCGCCCACUUUCCCACAUUUCCACCAGCAGUUUGCAGACGAGCUGAGAUCGACCCACACGCCUCGCCUCAGAGACACCUCCUGGUACCGACUGGUGAGUCAAAGGUCUGAGACCAGGAGUCCAGGAGGAGCAGACAUGUCCCAGUAAGACUGAGACACACGCAGAGGAGAUCGAGAAGGUUUGCUGGAACAUGGCAGGAGUUUGGUUACAGUAGGUGUUCAGAGCAGCUGCAGGCCCUGAAUCUUCAUCAUCUUCAUCAUCAUCUUCAUCAUCAUCUUCAUCAUCAUCACCAUYACCAUCACCAUCCAACAGAACCGAACCGACUCACAACUCGUCACAGACACAGAUGAACCAUGGAUGUGUCCUGGCUCACAGUGGUCCUGUCCACAGUGGUCUUCAUCUCCACUGUCCUCCUGACUGUCGUCUGUCUGGACUGCAGGAACAAAAGUCCUCUGGUCCGAACUCUGAAGACCGCAGGUCUGACCGCCGGCUGAGACCCUACACCCCCACAGAAACUGAGAGUAAUCCAAGCUACGAGAACCCGGUCCCUGGAACUGAUGUGGACAACGACCCUGAAGACAACGGAUACAUAAUAGUGAUUCCUGAACCGGAUCCUGUUCCAGACAAUCCAAGUCGAGCCUCGACGCCCAGUUCAGACAUGUCCACAGACCAUCAGUACGUCAACAUCGGAGAAACAGAACUCAAACCUGAGACAGACUCAGAGUCUGAGUCCAACUAUCUGAAUGUGGAGGACAUGCACCAUCAAC